AUGUCAAGGUGGUUGAAAUCGGUCAACAACCUGCUUGAGAACCUUGAUGGUCAGGCUGAAAAUGUGGACAUUGACGGCACCAUUGGGCAGCUGAUUGAAAAAGGUCAGCAGGUUGCCAAGACUUUGCAAAGAGACGAUUCUUUUGAUGGUCAAAGCCACGAUGAUGAUGACUUUUUGGAGGAUGAAGAGGAUUUCGAGGAUGACGAUGAAGACAUAGAUUUCACUGACAAUGAGUGCAACGACAACACCUUUGACGGUAACUGUAGUCAUGUGAAAGGAGAGCCCUCCUCGAAACAUGACGAUAUCGAAGAAGAGGAGCUCUCAGAUUCAAUUUUACAGGAGAAAUUAGUUGUCGGUGGCCGUGCAGCCAUUGGAACAUCGGAUUGUCAAGCCUCGAUUCAUACUGAUUCUGUCAGCGAAUUGAGUUGUACAGAGAGAUCAGAGAAAACUGAUGCUGCUGAACUCUACGAAGAACAAUACAAUUACGACAGGAAUUCUAAUCAGCCGGGUCGCACGGACUCGUAUAGAAAGCAGGUUGUACCACCUUCAGACUCUGUGUCAGCCACGGUUUCGAAAAUAGCUUCAAAAGGCCAACCUCGUGAUAUGGAUGUGUCGCCCCGACCACCGAGACGAUCAGCCGAUACGGAUGGAAUCAAAAGGCAGGUUGCUGCAGCCCAGCUAGAGGCGGAAAACGAUAGCGACGGUGCUUCCUCGAAACACAGAAAUUCUACCGACUCCCAUGCGCCCCCCAAGCCCCCUACCCGUCAAUCGUCAAUCAGUCUUCCGAAAACACAGCCUGUUUCAUUUGUGCAAACAUCAACUUUGGAUGGAAAGCAGAAACACAAAUCGAAAACGAUUUCAAAUGUGGAAAUGCGCAAACUUACGGCAAAAGUGCAAAGCAUACAAGAUAGACUCACCCAGACAUCCGAAGAGCUAAAAACAUCCCAGACUGAAAAUAGAAAGCUGGAGAAGCAAGUCUCGGCACUUGCUUCUCAACUGGAGGCUGCGAACUCUGAGAUUCAUGCGCAAGGCGAAGAACUAAGGCGUGCAGGAGAACGAAUGGAAAAGGAUCGACGACUGGCCCAAGAAGAGCGGGAAGAGUUGCUGGACGACCAAGAUGAAGAAGUUGAACAACUCAAAGCCCUUCACACCACGGAAAUUGAAAUCUUGAAAGCAAGCUAUGAGAAGCAGCUAAACGACGUCACGAACAAAUUGGACUCUGAGGAAGCAAGACGAGCCCAAGAGAGUGGCAGUUGGACUAAAGAGUUAGACGAUUCUGUGAAGAGAGAGCGAGAAGCUCUCGAGAAUCUGAGCUUGGCGGAAAUGAAGCAAUCCAACCUUGAACUUGAUGUCUCCAAGCUAGAAGAGAAAGUUAAAGGAUUACAGUCUAAAUUGGAGGCUGCGACGCUCUGUAUCAAAGAAGCUGAAACAAGGCAAGGAGAGGCUGAAGAUAAACUUGAUGUAGCUUUAUCACAGCAUGCGCGACAGUUGAAUCUACGGCAAACCAGAGAAGCUGAACUGGAGAAAACAAUACUUGAUCUUGGCUCAGCACUUACAGAAACAAAACGAGUGUACCACGGCUCCACCAUACCAUCACCUGAGGCUCUUCCUAGUGAUGGUACGAAUUUCAAGGAGAAAUACGAUGCUGCUCUUGAGGAAUCGGAUACACUACGAGUUCAGCUAAACAUGGAGACUCAACGAAGGGCAGCUUUGGAAAAGGAACUCAAUGAAAUCUCAAAAGAGCGAUCAGAAGAAAUAUCAUUGGCGCAAGCAAAACAGCUGCAGCAGGAUCGGAAAGUUGCAGACCUUGAGACGAACGUAGCGCACCUUAAAUCAUCACUCCACUCUUUGAAAGUUAUGGGGUCCGAAUCUAAUUUGGAGAAAAAUCGCAGAAAGAAAGAUGUCUCGAGUGCAGAAAUUGAAGAAGCCAGACAAGAGAUUGCAAAACUUUCUGAUCAGUUGAUGCGACAGCAAAGAAUGGCGGAAGCUUCGAAGUCUGAGGUGUUGGCACUAAAGGGGAGACUACAAUCGGCAACAUCGAGAGCUGAAGCUGCAGAAAGAUCUCUCUUUACUGCUCAAUCGUCCUCAGAUUAUCCCGCAAGACGAAGCUUCGAUGUCGAAAAUGCUGGUUCUUCAUCUUCACGACGCAGAAUGAAGGGCGCUCGACGUCGUCCGGUUUCAAUGGGACGAACUAUUCGUGCAUCACUACAUCUAGACCAUGGGGCAUUGGGCAGCAUAAUGGAACAAGUCGUAUCCACAAUUGACGCUCUAGAUAAAUGGAUGGUUGAAACUGGAGGUCUAAUGCGAAAUGAACCGCUAGCGCGUUUGGGUUUCUUGGCAUAUCUUGUAACAUUGCACUUGUGGACCUUUGGUCUUGUAAUUUUCCACACUGUUGAAACACCACAUGGUGACUUCGGAACUAUGGACGCCAACCCGAGACAUUGGAGAAACCACCGUUGA